AGCGAUUGAUAUGAGCGGUACUUGUAAGCUACCGUGAGCGCUUGAAGAGCGUCCAGUAAUUUUUAAUGCAGGAUACAUUAUAUUUAAAUUGCCAGAAUACGAUUAUUCUGACAGCAGAUUAAAUUGCGGCGAGUAGGAAAGUCUAUACAGGCAAAUAUCUCGUCGCACACGAGUGCUACCAAGUGGUAAUUUUCUUUCGCGCGUGUUAAAACUCCAUUGGCCUCGGUCCCGUGGCGAUUCGCGGUUUCGACACUUAUUUUGGUAUUAGACAACAUGAUCUGAAUCGCCUAACUGUGCGAAGUUGCUUCCUGUGGCGAUUACAUUGCUGGCCGUCAUCCUUAUAUGACGAAAUAUGUCAUCUACGCAGAACAAAAUGCGAGGUCCAGGACGGCCACCAAAGUCAAAGAACUCCUGUACAUGGUGCGGAGAGACGAAACAACCGUUGAAGUAUGUUCUUCCCACGCAACAUGGCAAAAAGGAGUUCUGCUCGGAAACAUGUCUGUCCGAAUCUCGUAAGACUUAUGCACGUGGUGCUUGUGUACACUGUGAAAACGUCAUCAGGGGUACGCCGGUUAAGUUGGAACAAAAAGAUGGUCCAACAAAGGAUUUCUGUUCUUCGUUCUGUUUAAAUGCACAUCAAAAGAAAGAGGGUCAAGUGGAUACAAAGAAAAACAAUAGGGAUCCGUCGUCACCCGCUCCAUCUGGAUUAUCUAAUAGCAAUAACGUACCGUCAACCACACAAUCUUAUACAAGUACAAAUAAUCAUACAACUAUAUCUCAUCCUCCGUCGACGUCUACUGGUCCAUUUCAAUAUGAGACUUAUCAGACUUUUGAUUGGGAUCUUUAUUUAAAGGAAACAAAUAGCACAGCAGCUCCUACCGAAUGCUUCAAGCAGCACGAUGUUCCGCCGACCAACGAAUUUAAGAUCAACAUGAAAUUGGAAGCGUUAGAUCCACGAAACUUAACCUCGACCUGCAUCGCUACCGUGGUGGGAGUUCUCGGCCCUCGGUUAAGAUUAAGAUUGGACGGUUCCGAUAAUAAAAACGAUUUCUGGCGAUUAGUCGACAGCAACGAGAUACAUCCAAUAGGUCACUGCGAAAAGUCUGGUGGAAUGCUUCAGCCGCCUCUAGGCUUCCGGAUGAAUGCCUCCAGCUGGCCGAUGUUUCUUCUGAAAACGUUAAACGGUGCUGAGAUGGCACCAGCGAAAGUAUUCAAACGUGAACCAAAGACACCACGUUCUAACAUGUUUGAUGUUGGGCAUAAGUUAGAGGCGAUAGACAAGAAAAAUCCUCAACUCAUAUGUACCGCUACUGUCGGCUCGGUUAAAGACGAUAUGAUACAUAUUACGUUCGAUGGCUGGCGUGGUGCUUUUGAUUAUUGGUGUCGUUACGACUCCCGUGAUAUUUUUCCUGCAGGCUGGUGCUUUAAAAGUGGACAUCCAUUGCAACCACCGAGACAAAAAUCAACAGGUCCAAGCAGAUUUAAGUCUAGAACUGCCAGUAAUGUUUUCUUGGUAAUGGCAGCCUCUAGUAGCAAUACUAGUAGAGAACCAGCAGUUGCAUUAGUGAGUCCUGCAGGUUCCAGUGCACCACCACAGCCAGCUACAGAACCUGAUACCAGCACAGCCAAUACCAAACCACACGCACUUGAGAAUGUCACAAUUUAUGUGAACCAUAAUUGUUCCUGCGGUCCGUAUUUCGAUCCUCGAAAAGUGAAAGCUAUGCCAGCGCAAUUUGGCACUGGUCCUAUAUUAAACGUUACGAGAGAUAUUUUCCAAGCAUUUCUAAUGGCGGCCAUGAGUCCCAGACAGAUGUUGAGCUUAUUAAAACGUGGCGAGGGCGAAUCCAUAAACCUGAUUCUCGAGAGCAAACCUACAUCUGUCAGACUGCCCGUUUUUCUGGAAGAAGAAGACUUUUAUACGUACAUUAGGCAACAACUGGAGGAUCUAUGCGCGUGUGAACACAUGUUAGUCAAAAGGAAAGAGACUUGCAGCAAGUGUCCGAGCACACAGCAACCACAAUCCACUAAUAGCGAAGAGACGAGUAAUAUUACAGGAGAGAAAAGAAGAUGGUCAUCACAGAGCCAACAAAACUUAACUUCUACUACGCAACCACAGCAUACGCAGCAAACUACUGUACAAAGCACAAACAAUUCCACAUUGUCACUUCCCCCAAAACAACCUCGCAAGUCUGUUCCUGAACUUGAAGCAGCAACAUCCACCACUCAGUCUGAAACUUCUGCAUGUCGUACUCCUUCUACAGAACCGGCAGAAUGGACUAUUGAAGAUGUAAUACAUUACAUCGCCGUUACGGAUCCUGCGCUAGGUCAACACGCAGAUUUGUUUAGAAAACAUGAAAUCGAUGGCAAAGCUCUACUUCUUCUCAACAGUGAUAUGAUGAUGAAGUAUAUGGGACUAAAACUCGGGCCAGCGCUUAAAAUUUGUAAUUUGGUAAACCGUAUUAAAGGUAGAAGGCAUAUACUCAUGUGAUUUCCUCAUAUAUGAAUACUUGUAUAGCAAUCCAAACUCACGCAUUUCAACAGAUUGAUCGGAUUAUGUUUUCAAUAAUGGAAACAAACUAAUAUAUAGAUUGUUACAAAUAGUGUGAAUACACAGUGACAAUUAAUCCUCCAAGUCGUUCUAUAUCUGAUUUUGAACUGAAAUAAGAUAAAAUCAAAGGUAGGACAUGGUUUUAUCAAGAAAUCAUCAAUUGUUUUUAUUACUUCACAAAGUAUAAUUUUGCAUUAAUUAGUUGUAAUGCAAAUUUUUGUUAAUAAAUUUAUCAUUGUCCUAUAAGUAUUAGAUUAGCCCAAUUCGAUUCCAUGUAUGUAGAUAAGUAGUAAUAUUACGUUUGACAUGAUUAUCAUAGUAUACAGGGUAUAUACAGGGUGUCCGGUUUUAGCUAACGCUCGUGUAGCGGUAGAGUGAGUUGAACCAAAAGGUGCUACAUCAUUUUGCGAGAUUCGUAAUAAAUUAAAGAGUUAUUAAUUAAGAUUAGAGUGCACCUCGUGCAUCGAGGCAAUAGGCCGAGUUCUCUGGACACAGCAGCAGCCGUAUCUCGUAGCAAUAUACGUAAACGUACAAGAGGACAAGGCUAUAUAUCAUUCCACCUUGUCUCGGUUUAUGAUAAUUAUUGCGAGGAUCGCAAAACGGAUACGGGACUUUUCGGUUUAACUCGAUCCAUUGCGCCUCCAUACGAACGUUAACUAGAACUUUAUCGGAUAUCUUAUAUAUACGUACACGUGCUCACAAAAAUAUUUUCUGUAUUUGUAAAUAUAGUCGUAUCACACUUUAUUUACAGUUUCAAAAAGUACAAGAAGUACAUGUAUCAAAAAUGAGAUAUUUGUAUUAUAAUAAUUUUUCAAACAACAUUAAUAUGAUUACGCUUUCUUUGAUGUCCUAUACCAUUUUUAUUAUAAUAUAACUGCAAAUAUAUUUAGCUUACUACUGUAUAUUACUAUGCUCUUUGAUAUACGAUUUAACAUGACUUUAUGAUAUUAAAAGUUUAGAUUUGAUUUUUUCCUUUAAGCUAUAAGCAAAUCAUAAAUUCUUGUUACACUACAUAUGUGAAUUAUAUCUGACAUUAUAUAGACGAUAUUGCAAUUAAUGCAUAAUUGUACAUUUUAAUUUACAAAAGAAAUUGAUAAAUGUACCAAUUGCAUUUUGCUUAUUAGAGAAAAACAUCCUUGUUUUUUUUUAUGUAAGGCGAAAUAAAAAUCAAAGGUAUCUAAAAUGCGGAAA